AUGAAGAGAAAGUAUCUUAAUUAUUCUUUUGUUUUCUACGAGCACGAAGCUUCUUUAAGGGAAAUUUAAGAAAGAACAAAUGACAUAGUUAACUUGCAAAACUAAGGAAGUUUGGUCAGGCCAGAAAAUCAAGCUUUGUUCAAGAAAUUUGUCGAAGCUGAUAUCAACCAAUAGCGUGACAUGAUUACCAAAUCUGAAGGAAUAGGUUACGUUAAUAUGCUUUUCGAUAUUACAAAUUAAUGCAAUCACAAUUCUGCAAUCAUGAUGUAUGUUCUUCCAACAAUCGAUGGCAUCAUUUUAGAUGACAGAAGAAAUAUCUAAAAGUUCUUGCAAAGCUUUUAAGAUCAACCUGAUAACAAGAACUGGUUAACUGUUUUAAAUUAAAUUUUAUAGCUUCCCAGCUUUGAUAAGAUUGUUUAUGAAGCUGCUGCUAGAGUUAGAAGUUAGAUUCUUGCUGAAUUAGAUAAGAAGAGUUUCUUAAAUGAAUAAAAGUAAUUCCUCUAAUGGCUCAUCAGAUCUAAGGAUGUCAGUCAUAGCUCUAACCAUUUGGAUGAUUUCUGUUUAACUACUUGCUUCGCUUUCCUCCUUAAGCAUGAACAUCUCGUUAAAGUUUUCCUUGACAACAAUGGUGCUUAAUUCCUCCACGAAAACAUGAAAAAGAAUCCCUCUGAUCUUUAGAAAAUGUACUACACUCUUCUUAUUCUCUGGUUAAUUUCAUUCUCUGAAAAAUCAGUUCCCUUCUUCACUGAUCCUAAAUUAAGACUCAUUGGACAAUCAAUCGAAGUUAUUCAAAAAAUAUCUAGAGAAAAGCUUGUUAGAGUUGCUUUCGCUUGCUACAAGAACUUAUCUCAAUACAACAACUGCAUUGAAGUUAUUGUUGACAAUGAUUUACUUAAGGUCUGUGAAACUUUAUUGAAAGGCAACAUUAAGGAAAAGGAAGUUUUAGAUGACAUUUAGUUUAUGGGAGAAAUCCUUGAAAAGAAUAUAAGAAUUCUUACUUCAUACGAAAAAUACGAAAAAGAAAUUAAUAUGCAAUUACUUGAAUGGAGUCCAGUUCACACUGAAAAAUUCUGGAAGGAGAAUGUCAAGAAAUUUGAAAAUUAAGAUUAUUAAAUGAUUAAAAAGCUUUGCGAUUUACUCAACAGUGAUAGAUAAAAGAAUGUUGCUAUUGCUUGCUACGAUAUUGGUGAGUUUUGCAGAUUCCAUCCUUUUGGUAGAAAUGUUAUAGAGGGAUUAGGAAAGAAGAGUGUUAUUAUGAAAUUAGCAAAUGAUGCUGACCCUGUAAUAAAAGAAAACGCCUUAUUAGCUUUGCAAAAAAUUAUGCUUCACAAUUGGAAUGCUCUUCAAAAGUGA